UUGGAAAAUAACGUAUUUUUAGGUCUCUGCUUAUGGUGUGUCGACGGCAGCGACUGCGAUUCAACCUGCUCAUUUUGUGAGGGUGCGGCAUGCCUUCGUGUACAAAGGCAGCACCCGAUUCGAGGCGUGACAACGGCAAUGACUUGCCUACCCCAUGAUUCUCUUAUUCACGCUUAUCAUCCGGAAGGAUGUCGAACAGAGCUAUCGACAGGCGAAAAGCUCUGUUUAUGUUCAGGGCGAGACUUUUGCAACUCGGCCAAACGAUAUGAUCUUUCAUUCGUUCUCCUUUUCUUAUUUAUAUUGCUCUUAUGA